GCUCUCCCCGCGCGGCCCGUGACCCUCCGUGGACCGAGAGCGCGGAGCGAGGUUUCAGCAGUUGCACCCUACUCUUUCGGGAUUCGGCUCUGGACCCAGCCCCUGACUCCGACGCGGCUCCACUAUGGAGGAGGCGGACCGAAUCCUCAUCCAUUCGCUGCGUCAGGCCGGCACGGCGGUUCCUCCAGACGUGCAGACCCUGCGAGCCUUCACCACGGAGCUGGUUGUAGAGGCCGUGGUUCGCUGCCUGCGUGUGAUCAACCCUGACGUGGGCUCUGGCCUCAGCCCCCUGCUGCCUCUCGCUAUGUCUGCCCGGUUCCGCCUGGCUAUGAGCUUGGCUCAGGCCUGCAUGGACCUGGGCUAUCCCUUGGAGCUUGGCUAUCAGAACUUCCUGUACCCCAGUGAACCUGACCUCCGGGACCUGCUGCUCUUCCUGGCAGAACGCCUGCCUGCGGAUGCCUCCAACGAUGCAGACCAGCCUGCAGGUGAUUCAGCUAUUCUCCUCCGGGCCAUUGGGAGCGAAAUCCGGGACCAGCUGGCCCUACCCUGGGUCCCACCACUUCUUCGCACUCCCAAGCUGCAGCGCCUCCAGGGCUCGGCCCUCCAGAAGCCAUUCCAUGCCAGCAGGCUGGUCAUGCCUGAGCUGACCUCCGUAGGUGAGCCACGGGACUUCCAGGCGAGUCCUCUGCUGCCACCAGCCCCCACGCAGGUGCCCCAGCCUGCCGUGAGGGUGGCCUCACUCCUCGAACGCCAUGCCAUCCAGCUCUGCCAGCAUGCAGGCCAGGACCGCCCAGGGGACGAGGACUGGGGUCGCCGUGCACCCCGCCUCCAACAGCAGGAGGAUACCCGGGCCAAGCGGCAGCGGCUGCAGAAGCAACUGGCUGAGAAUCUGCGCCAAAGCUGGGCCCCUCUUGGGGCCCCCACACAAGCCCGAGACCUGGGAGAGCUGCUGCAGGCCUGGGGUGCUGGGGCCAAGACUGGUGCCGCCAAGGGCUCCCGCUUCACACAUUCAGAGAAGUUCACCUUCCACCUGGAGCCCCAGGUCCAAGCAGCGCAGGUGUCAGAGACGCCAGCCACCUCGCGGCGGCCUGAACAGGACACGAGAGCAGCUCAGGAACAGGAGUUGGAGUCCCUUCGGGAGCAGCUGGAGGGAGUGAACCGCAACAUCGAAGAGGUUGAAACUGACAUGAAGACGCUGGGCGUCAGCCUUGUGCAGGUGGAGACCGAGUGCCGGCAGAGGGAGCUCAGCACAGCGGAGCGAGAGCAGGCCCUGCGCCUGAAGAGCCGUGCGGUGGAGCUGCUGCCCGACGGGGCUGCCAACCUCGCCAAGCUGCAGCUCGUGGUGGAGAGUAGUGCCCAGAGGGUCAUCCACCUAGCAGGUCAGUGGGAGAAGCACCGGGUCCCACUCCUCGCCGAGUACCGCCACCUCCGAAAGCUCCAGGAUUGCCGAGAGCUGGAAUCUUCCCGACGGCUGGCAGAGAUCCAGGAGCUGCACCAGAGUGUUCGGGCAGCUGCUGAGGAGGCCCGCAGGAAGGAGGAGGUCUACAAACAGCUGGUGUCAGAGCUGGAGACUCUGCCAAGAGAUGUGUCCCGGCUGGCCUACACCCAGCGCAUCCUGGAGAUCGUGGGCAACAUCCGGAAGCAGAAAGAAGAGAUCACGAAGAUCCUGUCUGACACGAAGGAGCUUCAGAAAGAAAUCAACUCCCUCUCCGGGAAGCUGGACCGCACAUUUGCGGUGACUGAUGAGCUCGUGUUCAAGGAUGCCAAGAAGGAUGACGCUGCUCGGAAGGCCUACAAGUAUCUGGCUGCCCUGCACGAGAACUGCAGCCAGCUCAUCCAGACCAUCGAGGAUACAGGCACUAUCAUGCGUGAAGUGCGCGACCUUGAGGAGCAGAUUGAGACGGAGAUGGGCAAGAAGACCCUCAGCAACCUGGAGAAGAUCCGAGAGGACUAUCGAGCCCUUCGCCAGGAGAAUGCUGGCCUGCUGGGCCGCGUGCGGGAAGCCUGAAGAGCUCCCAGCACAAGUCCCCCGACCCCCCAGCCUUAGGCAGAGAUCUGGGGUGCUGGAGGCAACAGCCCAGCACUUGCCUCUUGCCUCUUCCGUUUGCUGCGUAGUCAGCUGCUGACUUGGACUCCAAACCCCUGCCCAUUUGACCAAAACCUUUAUCUGGGGCGACCAUCCAGUACGUGGGAGUUUGGCUGCAGUUUAUUGGUGGGGGGCAAUGGGGAGGUUGGGUAUCUUGGAUCCCCCAAAUAAAUGAGGGGCUCUUGUACAAUCUGGGC